AUGGUGUUUCGACAGAGCGGCCAAUUGGUUGACGACCAAAUGAAACUACUUCAGAACUGCUGGAGUGAGCUUUUAAUCCUGGAUCACAUUUACAGGCAAGUGGCACAUUGGAAAGAAGGUGCCAUCCUCCUGGUGACUGGGCAGCAGGUGGAUUUCUCCGUGAUUGCCUCACAAGCCGGGAGCACUCUGAAUAAUCUCAUGAGCCACGCUCAGGAGCUUGUAGUGAAACUCCGCACACUACAGCUCGACCAGCGAGAGUUUGUGUGCCUCAAGUUCCUGGUGCUCUUCAGCCUUGAUGUGAAAAACCUGGAGAACUACCACCUGGUUGAAAGUGUACAGGAGCAGGUUAAUGCCGCACUGCUGGACUACACGAUAUGUAAUUAUCCACAACAAACAAACAAGUUUGGGCAGGUGCUGCUACGACUACCUGAGAUCCGAGCGGUCAGCAUGCAGGCUGAAGAAUACCUCUACUACAAGCACCUGAAUGGAGAUGUACCCUGCAACAACCUUCUCAUUGAAAUGCUGCAUGCCAAACGAGCAUAGGCUGCAAGGCCAGAGCCUCUGCACCUCCAACAAGCCUUCUGGGCUGCACCAUGCAAUCGUAACUUUAAAUGGGGAAGCAGAAGAAAUGUUUCAGUGCACUGUGUGGCAAGGAGACAACACAACGAGAUCUGUUCGUCAUUAGGCAUGGGAUGGAUCAGGCUCUUGCCUUGGAAUCUGAUCCAGGGAUCCCGUCACACCUUCAAUGCAUCUCCCCCCCCCCCCCCCCACCACAGCCCCCCCACCCCACCAACUCUCCCCAUGUCCCC